AAAAGAAUUUUAAAUAUAACAAUAUGCAGACAAAAAAAUGUAGUAUUGUAGGGGAUGGAAAUGUAGGAAAAUCUUGCAUAAUGGCCGCUUACAAGACAAAUGAAUUUCCUUCAACUAAUAUACCAACAGUUUAUGAGAACCAUGAGCUAACUGUGAUGAAUAGUGGUGAAGAAUACAAUAUAAAAGUUUAUGAAGCAGGAGGUACGGAGGACUAUGAUAGGUUAAGGCCUAUGGGUUAUAAUCAAACAGAUGUGUUUCUGGUUUGUUUCUGUGUCGUUAAACCGCGUUUAGUAACUAAUAUUGAAACCAAGUGGCUGCCAGAAAUUACACAUUAUUGUCCAAACACGCCAUAUAUUUUACUUGGUACAAAAAUUGAUUUACGAGAUGAUCCAGAUGCAAUUGAAGAACUACGUAAGAGAAAUCAAAAAGCAACGUCUGUAGAGGAAGGAGAAACACUAGCUAAAAAACUGAAAGCAGUGCAAUACAUUGAAUGUUCAGCUAAAACACAGGAAGGAGUGAGAAAUGUAUUUGAAGAAGCUUUAUUGCUUGCGUUGAAACCUCCAAAACCACCACGUGAACCAGUCAAGAAAUGUCAAUUGCUGUAAACGUUAAUCCUAAAUUACAACAAUGCUGCGUUAAGUUCACGAAAGAGUAUUCUGAACUAAAAACAUCACUAAACACUAGACCGGAAUAUUAAAAGAAGACCUACUCACAUCGUUUCCGGAAUUUCUACUAUUUUUGUUUUCAUUCUAAAUUAAUUGCUUACAGGCACAACCUUUAAAUAGCCGAACAUGCAUUGUAGUUGCCCCAUAGUUUCCUAAAAUACAAUGAGUGUUUUUAAAGGGAGCCAAAUGUACUCUGAAUUUUAGUUUUAAACAUGAAGUUUACCGAUUUAAUAUAAUUUUAGAACUGAUUUAGCAUAAUCAUGUACAUUAAAUCUAUUAAUCUAUAAUCUAUAGAUGAUAACAUGGAUCGAGUUGUAAUACAAAGUGGCGGCGACAGAGUUUAAUACAAAGUGCGAAAGCUCAUUUUAUUACAAAGUGCAACUACAAAGUGCGACAUACAGUUACUACAAAUUACGACAGCUCCUUUAUUACAAAGUGCGACGAUUAUUACAAAGUGCGACGCAACACGUGUUUGUAUGUAAACGGAGAGGCAGCUAUUGCAAUGUAACGUUCGAUGCACACGGCACUUAUACUGAAUAAGAAACAUGGAAUCCAAUACUGCGCCUAAUUUGCGGAGUUUCUUGGAUGAAAUAACGAUAAGUAUAACGAAAGCAUUCUCCAUGGCUACCAUGACCCCAAUCAAAAUAAAUAAUUUAUGCCCAAUACCAUCCGUUGGCGGCGGGUAUUUUAGAGCUGAAUCAUUGAGGUGGUACAGGUCUUCGACUACAUAAUACAUAUGCUCUUGUUUUUAAACUGAAAAGAAAACCAUAAUGCUUUUAUUUUAUUGCAGUGUAUUUUGUUCUGGUGAGAAACACACCAACAUGAACAUCAGGAAAGUCUAAAUACUAGGGUCCUCCUGGUUGCAAAUUUGACAGGAGUACCGUUAGGCAAUCCCCUUUUUCUUUUCCGAAGUGCACUUUGUUUUUAUGUUGUCAUUGGAAAUGUGAAUAAACUGAAUGUGCUUAAACUUGCAUUUUAGCUCAAAUAAGUUGAUGACUUAACAAUAGUCGUCAACGGCAAUGGUAAACGUCCCCUACCAAUUAUGCAAAACAAAUUCUUAGAGCUUGAAUUUUGGUCUGACCAGAAUGGUAUGCGACUUAACGUUGACAAAUGCAAACGUAUGUUUGUCAGUUUUAUGAAGGAACCACCAAAACCCCAAUUAAACUUAUUAUCACAAACAA